UGCGAAUUGCCAACUAACUGUGCACUUGGAGUGCGACCAUGGUGCUCAAUGCGCUCAUGACGCUGAACUCGCCUCUGCAGCUCGUCUUCGACAACUACAGCCUUGUCCUGAUGGAACUUGUCAGCUACUUCAUCUUUCUCAUGGCGUUCGUCCACGCGGCGGGGUCUCCUCGGCGAACUCAGCUCGUCCUCGGAGGUUUUGUUGCUUUUCACACGCUCUUGUUUGGCCUCGGGCAAAUCGACCCGAACCUUGCGAUUAUGUGGCAUGGACAAGCUCUGGUCAUGCUGUUUUACGGUCAUGUCCCUGUCUACGCUGUGCUCCUGUUUGCCUCGCUCUACUACGUGUACGCUCGUCCAUGUCGCCGUCAUCCACGCAAAACGUGCAUGAUGUAGGGCGUACAUCGCGGCGCUGAGGCUAAACCUGCAUUUCUCGUCGAGUGUUGCUGCUGUGGGUGUCCUCACGAUGGCACUAGUGUUCCCUGCCGAGCUGCUAGGGUCGAAACUGUUGUGGUGGACUUGGCACGACACCGAUCCAACUGUAGAAGACCGCUUUCUCAACGUUCCCUAUUCGAUUUUGGCCUCCCAUGCUUACUCGGCCGCGUCGUUUCACCUGUGUCUGGAGUUCCUUCGCUCUCGGAUGACGAUAGGUUUCGAGUUCCAAGAGGCCAAUGCGGUCACCGAAUAUGGCGUGAUGGCAGGAGCGAUAUGUCUCGCGUUGCCAGUGUCCAUGCUCGCGUACGGGCUAACCUUUCAACUGUUCAUCGAUCUACUCCAUGUGUCGAGUCACAUUGUCUUGACUGGGUUGGUGGUGCUAUCAACGCUAUGGGUGUGGGCAUCGGAUCGCCGCGGCGGCGACAGUGAGAAGAACGUCGUGCUGUGGCAAUACGAUGGUGAAUGGCACCACUCGUGGUACGACCACGCGCUUGUCCAGGCGAGCAUGGUGUACUUGGGCUUAAUGCCGCUGCUGCUGGUCGUGGUGAACCCAUCCCACUUGGUCUCGCUCGGGUACCACCAAUUGCUCGGGAACUGCAGCCACACGACAACGUACUCGACGCUAUUUGGUACACCGCAGACGAAAUUUACCUACUUGUGUGUCUUGCACUUUGACGAAGCGUUUUCGUUCUGCGGGGCUCCCCGGUCGCAGCUCCACGUCAACGAUCCUUGGUACAAAAUUUGCGGCGUCGAAUACGCCUACAAUGCUUUCCCCAACUAUUUGAUCGUAUGUGCCGUCGCCACCGUGACGGUCGUCCUCGUACUCCGUGAGAUCUUUUCACUCAAUCGCCCGGCGUGGGUCCGCCGCCUCCCGAGCGCCAUCGCCACAGAACAUGUCAAGGUCGAGUCGUAGGCAUCUCUGCUUGCUUAUAGUCACCAGCCAUUCCAGUUCGAUGCACUCACGAGGCGUCAUGAGCCGUUGUCCCCUUCCAAAGUCUUCUCCAAACACUGGUCACUGGUUUCAUGGCAAAGGAGAUGUGAUAUCUUGAUACGAGAAAUCGUCUUAGCAGUAUGAUGGGGAACUGAACGAGAUAUCGAC